CGCAGCCAAUCAGGACGGAGCCUGCCGGGACGCAUUACUAGGGCGACGGGCCGGACGCCUCCCCGCUUCGGGAUGAAUUAGCGGCGGGUUCUGCUCCGAGGUUGUGACCCCCGCGGAUUCUUCAGCGCGUCCACGCGCCCCCUACGGCGAAGCGCGACGUCCUCUGCUGGUCACAGAAUCAUGGUGUCAUGGAAGGGGAUUUAUUUUAUACUUACUCUGUUUUGGGGAAGCUUUUUUGGAAGCAUUUUCAUGUUGGGUCCCUUUUUACCUUUGAUGUUUGUAAGCCCAUCUUGGUAUCGCUGGAUCAACAACCGCCUUGUGGCAACCUGGCUCACACUACCUGCGGCACUGCUGGAGACCAUGUUUGGUGUAAAAGUGAUUAUAACAGGUGAUGCGUUUGUUCCUGGGGAAAGAAGUGUCAUCAUCAUGAAUCAUCGGACAAGAAUGGACUGGAUGUUCCUGUGGAAUUGUCUGAUGAGAUAUAGCUACCUCAGAUUGGAGAAAAUUUGCCUUAAAGCCAGCCUCAAAAGUGUUCCUGGGUUUGGUUGGGCCAUGCAGGCUGCUGCGUAUAUCUUCAUUCAUAGGAAAUGGAAGGAUGACAAGAGCCAUUUUGAAGACAUGAUUGAUUAUUUUUGUGAUAUCCGUGAACCACUCCAACUCCUCAUAUUCCCUGAAGGGACUGAUCUCACAGAAAACAGCAAGGCUCGAAGUAAUGAUUUUGCUGAAAAGAAUGGACUUCAGAAAUAUGAAUAUGUCUUACACCCAAGAACUACAGGCUUUACUUUUGUAGUAGACCGUCUAAGAGAAGGUAGGAACCUUGAUGCUGUCCAUGACAUCACGGUGGCGUACCCUCACAAUAUUCCUCAGACAGAGAGGCACCUCCUCCUCGGAGACUUCCCCAAGGAGAUCCACUUCCACGUGCGCAGGUACCCAGUAGAUGCCCUCCCCACAUCCGCAGAGGACCUCCAGCUCUGGUGCCACAGACGGUGGGAGGAAAAGGAAGAGAGGCUGCGCUCCUUCUAUCAAGGGGAGAAGAAUUUUCACUUUACCGGACAGACUGUAAUUCCACCUUGCAAGACUGAACUCAGGGUCCUGGUGGUCAAAUUGCUCUCCAUAAUUUACUGGACCCUAUUCAGCCCUGCAAUGUGCCUCCUCAUAUAUCUCUACAGUCUUGUUCGGUGGUAUUUUAUCAUCACCAUUGUUCUCUUUGUGCUGCAAGAAAGAAUAUUUGGUGGACUGGAGAUCAUUGAACUUGCAUGUUACCGGUUUUUUCACAAACAGCCGCAUUUAAAUGCGAAGAAAAAUGAGUGAGAUCAUGAGGUUCACAGUGUGAUAGCCAAGGGGAUAUUUUGGAAAUGUGUUGAGCCUUUGUAAACGGAGACGCAUUUUUGCAUGACUAUGUCAAAUAUUUCUACUACCAUCAUUAUUUGUUAAAGAUAUUUUGCACUUAGUUUUGUGGGAAAAUCUUGCUACACAUACGAUUUCUUUUUAAAUCUCUGAAUGUAAUUUCAAUACGUAGCAGGGAGCAAUUGCUAUAAAAUAACUAGGGCCAGAGUAUCACUAAGCAACCACUGGGCUGUUAACGGACAGGGUACCACAAGAUUUUCCUAAAGGCCCAAUCCCAUUUCCUCACAAACUCCCCAGACAAGAAGCAGGUCUGGGGUUCGGGGCCGGCUCAAAUCAAGUGCCAGCACCUGACUGUGGAAGUGAGGGCCUUUCCUCCCGGCCCCUCCCCCCAGCACUGUCCACAGGCUUUUCUACGCCAAUCAAACCAUUGCAUCCUUCCCUAAGGCCAGAAAACAGAAAUCUCUUGUCCUUCAGCCAUGCACCCAGCACCCAUUUUGAUAGGAAGUUCUUCAUUACUCAUUAAACCCAGGCAGUUAGUCUUGCACUCCCCCAGACAUCAGAAGACCACCUGUGCCCUUUCAUCCCAUGGAUAUAGUAAGACCUGGACAUUUCUCAGGGAGCAACCACAGGCUCUCCACUUAGAAACCUUAGUUUGAAUUUUUACAGAUUGGAAUUAAGACAGUUUAGUUCUUCACUUGUACUUACUCUUGCAUGCCCAGCGCUUGUUGGCAGGUGUAGCUUUUUCUGCGUUAAAAACGGUCUAUAUCAAGUCACUUACCUUUCUAAAGGAAUGUGUAGAAGGUUCUGUUACUGCAGUCAAACUCUUAAAGUUGUGUCUUUUGAAAUACUUCUUUAAAACCUGGCCCAAAAAGGAAGGUUAUUGUAUUUUCUGUACGUGCAUGGGUAUCUAACAUCUGCCAUUAAAACAACAGCAACAGCGCUUGCAGACAGGGCAGUAAUGGCUUAGCCUAAAUUAUUCAACCCUUGCAGCCUUGACAGAUUUUACUCUAAAAACUAAAAUAACAGGAAAAAUGAACCCCUUUUUAAUGAUAACGAGGGCUCGCUGUCUUUUUAGUCCUUCCUGUUUCAGUACUAAAAUUUAAAUCCACUUUUGACCAAUCAGUUGUUUGCCUAAAUAUUCCUGACAUUUGGAGUCCAUGGAAAAUCCGGCAAACCAACAGCACCCAUGUCCUUCUGAGGCAGAAAAAUCGUGGUCAUUGUUUCCACCCUGCUGGAGCUGUGCACCACUGUUUUUAUCAUACAGUGGAGACGCUGGUCAGAGCCACAGAAAAUAGGCAAUUAAAGGUCUUUAGCUGUUAGCAAACUUGUCCACUUUACUCCUGCCUUGAACCAGCCUCAGAAGCUAUUGCUUUAUGUACCCUUUUGGCACAAAUGCCUUCUCCUUAAUUACAACCCAUUUUUGCUCAACAAUGACUUUUACCCAACAUUUGAAACCUGCACUGCCAUGAAAGGUAAGCACAUUAUGAGCUGAACUUACAGAGGAGAAAGAACAGGUCGCGCGCAGAACCCUAUUGAUACAUCCCUGGCUCGGAGGAAGAGAACUAGCUAGUGCCGCACCUAGGCGCGCCAGCCUUUAUUAAACCACUCCCCGCUCCCCCGGCUGUUUUCACUCCUGCUAAGAGCUACUAAUUAGUUGUUAUGCACGCCUGCUCCAGCCCCAGCUCUUUAAUCCCAUGGUUCUUAAGGUGUUUUUCUUCUUUAACCUUUUUUUCCCCCUCGAAUAAAAGAGGUUUCUAAUUUAGAUUUCUGUCAGACCUCCUAUAAUUUUGGUUAUAUUUGGAAACACGGAAUUUUAUAAUCAGCCCUGCAUUUGUCCUGGGCAAAGGGGAAAUGCCGUGUCCUUUGUCCCACACAUGUCUAUGCUGUAGUGUGUCCAGCGCCCUUCCUCCAGCUCCUUGGAUGCUUGUUCAUGUGUGACCUCCGUAGAAGAGCGUGAAGCCAGUACAGGAGGAAAGCUCUUUUCUUUCCUUUUUUAAAAAAAUGUUCUCUUUUGAUCAUAAAAGACAUGUUCAUGAUAAAAUGCAAACUUUGUUUUACCUACCCAAAAUUCAUAUGUACCAAAACUCUACAGGGGAAUACAGACAUCGUACCUGCUUUCAGAAUCAGAAAUGAUAACUUCAAAACUAAAAAAGUUGCUUCUUUUUGUUUGGUUUUCUGGUUUUGUGUUUUGGGGUCUUUGUGUUCUUGCAGUAAGGCUUCUUUCAAAAGUUGUAAUUAUUUAUGUUCCUACAUAUCUGCCUUCUUUUAAAAUUUUUUUAAAGAACUACUCAGCGGAUGAUUUGGAACUUAGAGCUUUGUAAAAAUUGGUAACAAAAUGUCAAGUAGAAAUUAAGUUAACUUUAACGUUGUGAUCGGCCUCAGAAAUGACCCCUUCCACACCUUCCCACCUCCUCUCUCUGGACUCAGAGUAACCCUUGUUCUGCCGCGUCUAGACGCACACUUCCCACUGACUGCUCUUUCAGUCCUCUGAAGACUGGCUCAGUGGACUGUGAAAUGUUUACAGUACCGUCUGUCCAACUGUUCAGUCUUUACCAUUCAGAAAUGUUUCAAACAAAGCAAGUGGUUUAUAUGGCACAUGAACCAUUCUACUUAAGAUAGGAAACUACAAGUUAGGGGGCCGAUGAGGCUGCAAGUUCUUUCACCAGACAGCUCUGACAAGCAGGCCAGAAUCACUGUACAAAUCAGUAGGAGAACAUGGUAAAAGAUUGGAAGAAAAAGAAUGUUAAACAGAGCACGUAAUUUCAAACUCCUAUUAAAGCUCUUCCUUGUUUGUUACACUAUGAACACGCAGAUUAGGGAGAAAUACCAGCUUCCACUCACAUCACUUUGAAAUGAAUUACUUCCUCAGCACCAUCUCGGGAGCUGGACCUUGGUGGCCAAGACCAAAUCCUGCAGAAAGGGUAACGCUCCAAUUGCACCUGGCCUGCAGGCUCUGGGCCCGACCAGGAUGCCCGUGUGCACUUUUAUAAUAGAAACUCUAAUGGAGGGAGCCUGUUGGUAUUAAAUUGUUUACAUUUCUUUAUAUAAAUAAUGUGCUUUCAGUGCCUUAGUUAUGGGUCCCUUUCUUUUUCUGGUUCCAAGAAUUCUGCAAUGUGUUCCUUAGGUCAAAGUCUCUUUUAGCUACUCACUGGGAGGAAAAUGGCUUGUAAACACUGGUCACUGUGGUAAACACUACUUUGUGGGGACAUCUGGAGAGGAGAGCUUGUUGCUGAGGUAGCCUUUGCCUUAGUGCUGUUAUUUAUGCGAUAGGAAACAAAAAUGGUCUUAUCAUGCGAUGAGCUUCAGACUGGAGAUGGCCCCAAAAUGGUCUUGUACUUAAGUUUUUAUUUCAGAAGAGAAUCUUGGUUUUAGUAAUUUAUUUUUUAAAAGAUUAUGUAUGAAACACCAAGUUUUAAAAAUAACUCACAGAAUGGCCUUAGUUUUCAAUGUCCACUAGUAUGUUUGUGAGUUGUGUUAUCUGUAAUUUACAUCCCAGAAUAAAGUGGAAUGAAUUGGA